GGAAGAUUAUUCCUCCACUACUCACCCACUCACACACUCACCCACUCACACACAUACACACACCUACACUCCUACAUCUGUGCUUCUUCUCCUUCUCCUUUCUCCUUCUCCUUCUUCUUCUCAUUCAUCUUGUUGUCGUCGUCGCUAUCAACUUCGCUUCACUUGACGCAAGAUCGACACUCACACUCGUUCCUUGACGGAAUCUUCACUUCAACUCGGUCCUUUUUUUUUCACGACACAGGCAUUGACUGUCAUUUCUCACCUCCGCCCGCUACAUCUACCCGAACGCUCAUCGCCCCCACGGAACCCACCCCCACUACCAAAAUGCACUCUACACUUCCCUCGCCGCCGCCGUACUCCCCCACCUCCCCCACCUCUCCCACCUCGAGCAACAGCAGCGACAAUAGUCCCACACACUCCACCUUCCUCGGCUCAUCUCCUCACUCCUCCCCCGCCUCCUCGGCCCCCAGCUCACCCAAACCCUUCCCCACGCGCUUCGCUCCACCCCGCUAUUCCCCACGACUCCAGCACCUCGCGUCCCUCCGCCCACUGGCACUCCACCUCGCACCGCCGACGCCCAUGUGGAUCGCCACGAGCGAGAACGAGAACGAGAAGUCCGCGCUGACGAUGGGCUCGGCGGCGUGGAUCGAUACUGCCGCGCUCGAGGCGGGCGUUGGCAGAGGUGGCAGAGGCGGCAGAGGUGCCCUGGCCGUCGCCGUGCGUGCCGGCCCUGCGGGCGCCGCGGAGAAGGCUGCUGUCCUGGUGCUCUUGGGCAUGGGCUUCGUGGUGAUCGCGCUACUGGUUGUGGGUGUUGUUGCGGGGAGAUUUUAGGCCGCUCGAUGGUGGAAGCGGGCGUGGGGCUUGGGGUGUAUGCAUUCAUGGCGUUUUGGAUUUUUGGGGGGUUCGGGCAUUGCAUUGGGGGUUUUGAUGUAGCAUAUGAUCGUUAGAUUUGUGGAUUCGGGAUGAGAAGGAGGAGGGGAAGGAGGAGGAGGCGGAGGAGGAGGUUGUACAUACAUACAGAGCACAUACAUAUGGCAGAGCAAUACGUACCUACUACGGGCGACGCUGAACGUCACAAAAGACGCCAGCGCGCCCGAGCAGUCAAG